AUGGCUCAAUCAUUCCCAAGUUGCAAUCAAGAGAAAUGGGAUAAUGCAUCUCUUUUCAGCAGUGCACAAGAAUUCAAUGAUCCAGUAAAAUUGAACGUGAAUACUAAAUUACCUUCAUGGUUUAAAGGUUGUUUAUAUCGCAAUGGUCCUGGACAAUUUGAAUUGAACAAUAAUCCUGAUGCCAGUGUUAAUCAUCCAUUCGAUGGAUUUGCAUGUAUAAAUAAAUAUGAUAUCGAUGGAGAAAAGAAUACAAUUUAUUUUCAAAGUCGUUUUAUUAAAUCUCGUACAUAUAAAGAAUCAUUGAAACGUGGAUGUCUCGUUACAAGACAAUUUGCUACUGAUCCCUGCAAAAGUUUAUUUGGUCGAUUUCAAUUGUUAUUUUCACCACUUAAUCCAGAAACAUAUUCUGAUAAUACUGUUGUAACUAUUCAACGAGUAAAUAAUGAAUUAUUAGCUCUAACAGAAAUCGUCGUAGGUUAUGUAAUCGAUGAAAAAACAUUAGAAACAGUUGCAUCUCUAACUUCGCUACCAUUUACAAAACCAAUACCAACAGAAAUUUUGACAUUAACUGCAUCUCAUGUAAUGUACGACUCAAAAAGAAAAAUGACUGUAAGCUACGCUACAAGAAUAUCACUAUUACAUGGACAAUGGUUAGAUGUUUUAUUCAUAUCUGAUGAUGAUAUAAAUCAUUCUAGUGAUAAUACAAAGUUGAACAAAACUGACAAAGAUGAACAUAAUAAUAUUGAUGAUAAUGAUGAUGAUGAUGAAAAUGUUGAUGAAGGUAGAUUUAUUUUAAUAAAUAACAAUAUGAAUAAACGUGGUAAAAGAUAUAAUCAACUAAUCAGAUCAAACACAAAAACCUUUCGUUACUAUUACACUGAUUCUGCUUCUUAUAUGCAUAGUGCAUCAAUUAGUGAAGAUUAUUUGAUUUUAUCAGAGAUUCCUUCACAUUUUUCUUUAUUUAAUACAAUUCGAACAAUACUUACCGGUGAUGUAGUAACAAAUAUGUUUAAAUGGAAUCCUUCUCUACCAACAUAUUUUCGAAUCAUUCGUUUAGACAAUGGUGAAGAAGUAGCACGUAUAGCAGGUCCAGCAUUUUUUACAUUUCACCAUAUAAAUGCUUAUCAAAUAAAUGAAAAUAAUGGAAAUGAAAUUGUAAUUGAUAUGUGUACUUAUGAUGAUAAUCGAAUUGUUGAUGAAUUUUAUUUAAAUAAAGUUCGUCAAAAUCUCUUUCCAUCUGGUUUUGGUUAUGUUAGACGAUUUCAUCUCAAUUUAGAUACGAAACAAUGCUCAGAACCUUAUAAAAAUCUUCAACAAUUACCUAAAGGUCAACAAAUAGCGCAUCCAAUUAGUCAUAUGAAUAGUCUUGUUCCGGUACAAAUUGAAUUUCCUAGAAUAAAUUCUCGUUAUAUAGGACAAUUCUAUCGUUAUGUUUAUGCAGUUCGAGGUCCUCCAAAUUAUAUGAUGGAUGCAUUAGUCAAAAUUGAUAUGCAAACGCGUCAAAUAUGUGGCUUUUGGCAAGAAUCAUGUACAUCUCCUUGUGAACCAGUUUUUGCUCCCAAACCAGAGUCAACCGAAGAAGAUGAUGGAAUUGUUCUAACUAUUAUUUUCGAACAACAAACAAACAAAUCAUUUAUACUCUUAUUAGAUGGAAUUACUUUCAAAGAAAUAACUAGAGCCUAUCUACCGGCACCAAUACCAUUUUCACUUCAUGGAAAUUUCUACUAA